UUUGCAAACAGAAAAAGUUUCUAUUGGUUAUUUUCAUUUUUAUUAUUUUUUUUAUAAUCUGCUGUUUACACGGCCAGCGUUUUAGAGACUAGCAAAGACACGAAACAAUGUCUUUGAAGAAGAAGUUCCGUAAGAGGAUUGGACGCGCCGGGAAAGCACUUCGCUUUUGCAUGUCGUGCACUAGCUGGGACGAGUACGACGUCGAUGACUUCAGGUUCGACUCUCCCGAGGAGGAAGAGCUCCAAGACACCCUGCAGUCGUCAGACGUCAUCGAAAUCAGUUAUGUCAGCCACCACACCGUACUCCACGGACGGACCCGCUUGCCACUUAACGAUUUCGAAGAGGAUCUCUGGCAGGACGACUUCGCGGUAGAAGUUCCCAUUCUACCCGGCGUGACUUGCCCCGUGUUAAACGUGUGUCUUGGUUUCCAGGACCACGAGAAUUACCCCGAGGACCCCAUCAUCGACGGACUGCCGGCCACCGUCUGGAUGGAGAGGUUCGAGCCGACGCUGCGUACGAUGCUGUCGCUGUCUCGUCUCCAACACCGGAGGUGUAACAUCACGUUGCCCAGGAGGUACGCCGAGUUUCCAGACAGCACCCACAGUCGGCAUGGUGAUUUCGGGUUUGGCCCGCCAGCCGGCAACAGGAGCGAUAACGCGAGGGUGCAUUUCCAACUCGGACGAAUUGAAGAAGUUGAAGAAUCUAUUAGGGAUCUAAGGCCACAUUGCAAUGCGAGACCUCGAAACCGUCGCCGAAGACUCGCUGGAAACCCGUCUGCCAACCCAGACCCUGAUAUACCAGAAUCUGCCAACUCAGAAACUUCAGAACGACCAAGAGUAGAACGUCGAAACCGUCGUCGAAGACUCGCUGGAAACCAAUCUAUCAACCCAGACCCUGAAAUACUACAACUGUCAACCUCAGUACCUUCGACUUUAGAACGACCAUCUCCAAACCCAGACCCUGAAAUACCACAACCGUCAACCCCAGAACCUUCGACAUUAGAACGACCAUCUCCAAACCCAGAAUCCCCAGCAUCUGAACCUUCAGUGUCGGAACCUUUACUAGCAGAACAUUAUUUAAGAACCGAAUCGCAGCAAUAUCUCCCCGCAGAAAGUGUCCCAGUGACAGAACAAGAGCAUGUGCCUUUUCGCAGAAAUGUGACCCGAAACAUCAGACGAGGCCUCCGACGUCUGCACCACUGGUACCGCAUACUGGCAUUCUUCGUGCAGAGAGAGGUCAUAGGCCAGUUAUGACACCGACAUGAUCACCGCAGCAGUCGUCGUAGUCAAAACCAGGAAGAGGAACAAGUACAAGAAUACUGUGAAGAAGAUAGGGACUUAUGGGACGAAGUUUAAUUAAGUAGAUAAAAAACGGGUCCCAUCGAGUGUUUU